AUGCGGUUGCCAAUAAUCAUCCUAGCCCUAAUUCACCAUCUUUUGGUUGUUCUGGACGGUCGAGUCACUUCUGAACAGCUCGAUCAGAAGCUUGGCCCCGGAAUGAAACAUGUCUCGUGCCAGAUAAGAGUCACUGGAUUCUACAUGAAACGGCAUUGUAAGCGGCAUUUUAACACAACACUUCGAUGCGAUUUGAACGGUGAGCAAAAAAAUUUAGUAGAACACUUCAAAUCAGAAUUAUUAUUAUUAUUAUUAUUAUUAUUAUUAUUAUUAUUUUUAUUACGACUGUUAAAGUACAUGAAAAUAUAGAUGUCAAAAGGGGAAUUGCGAUAGGUUGGUAAUUAUGCAAGAAUUAGAGGGUGGAAAGUUAUGUGGAACAUAAGGCAGUUUACUCAUGCAAAAAAGUUAAAGCCAAGUUUUUGUGGUUUGAAAAAAUGCUUUUUGAUCUGUUUCGGCUGCGCGUUGAAAAUGUCAUGUUCUAAAUUGGGCAUUUCGUUGAUAGAUGCAUACAAGAAAAGUUUAUUAACUUGAAUCAUGGGAUGAAGCAGCUGUUUCGUAUGCCAAAGCUCAAACUGUUCCAACCGUAGUCUCAACAAUCAACGGGGAAUACUUUAUGUCUCCCUAUUCGCGACAGCAGCUGCGACAAUGAAAUAUUCAAGAGCUGCAACAAAUGUAUCCGCUAGGAGCCAUCACAAGUUGAAGAAACGUGUAUUCGUUCAUUUUUAGAACAAGAACGUCGUGCUGUGAAAAAAGUUGCAAAAACGUGCUGCGAGGAUGCUCCGAGUUGCGAGCCAACCGAUCUUUUUAGUGAGUUCUGUUGUCAAGAUCCAAGCUGCGAAGAAGAAGAAACAUGCCAUCCGGUGAUGAUCUUGCACAAUAGUUCUAAACUCAUUUCAUGUUUUCAGUGGGACGACUCAAUUGAGGAAAUUCAGCUUGCCAACCUCGUUUUCUCAUCUGAUACAGUAUUCGACACCAUUCAAGAGAGGAUAAUUGAUUUGAUGAAAUCGGGGCAGGAGCCAGACUAUCUUCCGGAUGUUUUAAGAGUUUAUUAGUAAGAAUGAUGACUCCAGGAUUGUUUUAGUCCACAACCAACAUUUGCAGCACUAAACCGGAUCUUAUCGAAGAAAACGAGACGUCACUACGUCGUUACUUUAGAGCACACCGACUGCAAGCCGCUCACAUAGCCAAGUCAUUCGGAAUUAUUCGACGUCAUGAUAAUCAAAUCAAACUAUAA